UUUUCAACAUGACAACAUCUACUUUAUCUUCAAAAAGUAUUUUAAAUUUUGCAAAGACUUUUUCUUUGCAACGGACAAAAGUAUACCGACACCGCUCUUCUAUGCAGGAGAUAACUUUAUCGAAGGUUUGAGUGAUGGCGGGAAAUUUAAAUGAAUUUUCGUGCACGCAAACACCUGAAAGGGCAUGUAUGAGAGUACCUUUUGGCCAUGUACUUAUCAACUCGAAAUGGCGGAACUCAGAUUUAACUGUCGCGCUUCAAGGUAUUAAUGUUAUCUUUGAAGACAACCUUGGCUAUGUAGACUUCCAUCCAGCAACUCAUAUAGGCGUGGUUUAUGCUACAGAGGCAGAUCUUGUCUCCCAAGCUAGUAUCAGGAGAAAACUUGCCAAACUUAGAAAGGCGAAUAAGGUUCAGGUUCUGGUAAUGGCAGAGAAGACAGCUUCCAGCAGCCAGUAUUAUCAGUCCUUGCAGAAGUUUGUUGCCAUGGAGCUAGGAUUCAUUAUAACACCUGUACCAAGUCAGAACGAGGCUGCCGGAUUACUUGCACAAAUGGUACAUACAGAGAAUAAAUUAGAGAGUAAUCCAUUCCGCAAGAAAAGGAAACCAAGGAAUUUAGAUGAGUGUCUCCUAGCAACAGUACAAUGUAUACCAAAACUGGGUGGAGUGAAAGCAAGAAAGCUUCUGGAGCAAUUCCAAAGUUUGGAGGCAAUCAGUGCAGCAUCUGUUGAGGAGCUGAGUGGAGUUGUAGGCAAGGCUAGUGCUCAGAAUAUCAGGAGUUUCUUUGACUCAUGCAGUAAUACCUGAUGACAGUACAGAUAUGUUCUCUAUUUCUGUUCCAACAUGGAGAAGAUCUACCAUUUCUGUGGUUAAUACUGAGGAAAGUGUACAUCUAGGUUGGACAGUAUACAGUCAGAACUGAUGGAAAGAACUUGACUCCAAGAAUUUUGUUAAAGAUGCACGUCUGUCUCCGUAGUAAAGCAACAUUUUCAGCACUGAAUGAUGUACUCAGAACAGCACUAAUGUUUGAUGGGGCAAACUUAAGACACCUGAAUUUACUGUCAUGAGUCUUGGAUUAUCAAGCUGAGACUGGAGACAAGUCUCAAUACUUAACAAUGUAACUGGUCAAUUUUUACCUCCAUCUUGAAACUGACCAAAUGGCAAGUUGUAUAUUCUUUGACUGGUCUCUAAGCUCAGUGUUAUAAUUGAACAGCUGGAACUGAUGGAACUUAGCUGUUAUUGGCAGGGUUCUUUUGUAUAUGACAAACUGACUUAUUUUAAAUGAUUUACAAAUAAUCUACUGCGCCCUCACCAAGGAGGUUGAAAUGGUUAAAUUGGUUUCGUCAUGUAUAUCUCUGUAGAUUAGCCAAUAUUAGACAUAUGCAGCUCUAUAUUUGAAAAAGGUUUUGGGGAAUCUUUACACAUAUACAUACAUUUACUACUUAUGAAGGGACAGUUCUUCGCACAAGACUGAAGUUUACAAAAUAAAAUCUUAAGGAGAUCAUACAACAAAGCAAGAUAAUAGCAGACUCAGUUUUACUGAGUCUUCAUGAGAGGUUAUAUAACAUGUAACACCCCUCACACCUAGGCUUAAGUGGAACUCUUUUUAUACAUAUACAUUAAACCAUUUGGACUCUAUCAUCCAAAAGGACUAGAAAAUAUUACAACACUGAAUUCAGAAAAAAAUCAAGUCUGUUUGAUUUUCUUGUCUUGCCAUGUCUUCCAAAAUUCUUUCAUACUUUUAACUGUAGUAACUUACGAUGGAAGUGAUUGUGUCAUCAAAACCCUUUUUCCAAAGCAGAUAAAUGUUGAGUUUGUGCAAUUAAAACUCAGAGAGAUUUGUCUUGGGCAAGUGAAAAAUUCAGCCAUUUUAUACUUUUAUAUUCCUCUUAAUUAUUUUAAAAAUGGACAUUUAUUAUAUUAUUUCACAAAAAGUUACCAGUUGAUUAUUUUAACUUUUGUUGUUUGUGGCAUGCAAUAUAGCUCUUAAAAGUAAAAAUACAAGUUAAAGCCUUCUGUCCACCACAUUUAAACAGUGGUGUUCCUCGGUUAUUAAAUUAACAUUUUGAAAGAAAAUGUAAACAAUCAAGUUAAGGGUGAUAUCUGUGAACUAUUUAGAUUCAAGUUUUGGGUGAAUAUUGCUUAAUUGCUUUGAAUUCAAUAAAUAAAUAACACACGGUAAAACUGUAUCUUGAAAAGAGAGGUCAGUACUCCUAGAAAGUCCCUGACAGGGUUGUCAAGGGAUACAGAUCCAUACCUUUCACAGAUUCUAGAUGUACGGAUCUGUAUCCCUAGACACUUCAAAUUAAUAAUUAGUAGGGUACAUUUGAAUAGGCCAGAUAAAUUAUUGGUCAACCAAAGGUUCUGCUGACCCGUAAUAUGAAAAUCUAGUGUUGGGGAUGAAAGCACAUACAAUUUAAUAGUUAUGCUUGCAUGCUUCUAGUAAAAAUAUAUAUGAUGUGAUUUUUACACUCAGUAGAGACAACUCUGUCAGGCUUGAAUAUUUUCUUGUCAUUUUUUUAUGUAAUUACCUCCCUUAUAUUUGAAUAGAUAACAGGAUCAAAUUGUCUUUAAAGCCAAAGGUCACAUGGUUUUGUGUAUCAUAUUAUCACCAUUUCAGAACAAUGAAGAUCAGGUGAUAGCUGUGUCACUGACAUAUAAUUAUAUCUUAACUGCAUCCUGAUACUAACUACACAGAUAGGAUGUUAUUAUUGAAUAUAAUCAUAGAUUAUUGUUUAACAAUACUGACUUUUGAUUGCCUGAUUAAAGUUUAUCAAAGGUUUUGUGUGUAUUACAUGAAAUAAUACCAAUCUUAGCAUGUCAGCAUUGGUAUACUUCUGCAUUGAGUUUGAAACCAAAUUGUGGAAAAGAACUUACAAAUUUAUGUAUUUGUAAAAUUUGCAAAAACGAGAAAAUUUCUUGUCAAUUUCCAUUUACACAUAUACAUGUAUAAACAUAUAUAGAUCCACUUGAAUUAACUUCUUUUCUUUAAAUGAUAAAUGAAAGGCCAUAUAUAGACAGAGGUGAAAUUAUUUACUAUCAACAGGAACAACUUUGUCAGGCUUUAUUUUUUUUACUUUUCAUACAUAAUUGUAGAUUUAUACCAUAGGUUAACUGAUCACAAAAUACAUAUAUAUGAUUAUUAGUUUAUACAUAUUUUCUCUUCCAAUUACAAUGAUUCACAUUUGUAGCAUGUGACUGUCCAUUUUAUUUGGUUUAAAGGUAAAUGAUUUUUUUCUCUUCCAAAUAGGAAUUCACAAUAUAGCUGUUCAUUUUAUUUCUGGACAGUUUUGAUUUGAAACUUAAAAUGAUAAAAACCAUACUAGAAAAGUGUCUGAAUGAAUAUGCUUGAUGUGAUAUCUCUGUUUGGAAUACUGUCCUUCUGGUGGUCUAUCCAAUUUUUAUUGAGUGUAAAAAGAUUAUUUAACAUUGUCUUGUACAAUAUGACAUAUAUUUGUACUCCUAACUAUCUUAAAAACAUAUUGGACUCUCCUGUCAGCUUGUCCAAUAUGUUUCUUCGGAUGGACACUUUUCCAAAUAUAUCAACACUGUUAAAAAACCUAACAAUCCUGAAUUAAUUUGCUGAUUUGUGCCAUAUAUUUUGCUUCACUGUUUUCAUAUCAAGAAACUUAGUUGUGCAGUCUUCAGUUAGAAAUCUCUUGAAAUCAAGCCCAAAAUGUUUAGCUUGCCAAACUUAGAUAAGCUUUUUCCGUGAAUUAGAUUACAAUAUUUAUGUAUUAGAGAAUUGGGUGGGUCUAGGAACAAUUUGGGUCUUCAUUUGUUUAGUAACUUGCUCCAGACAUCGAUAAAAAUUUGAAAAUGUCAGUUCCAAUUUUGUCACCAGAUUAAAAAUUGUUCACAUGUGUAAGAAACUGUCUAGUUUUGUUGUGAUGACAAAUGUCAGAAUAUGUUUCUUGCUGUUUAAAGAGCCUUCUUCAGUGUCUGUAAAUAGUUGUAAACCAGGAUGGGAUCAGGGGUAAAACUCUGGCUGAUUAAGUAAACGUUGUCCACUGUGGAUUUGUAGAUUAGGCUUACUUGUAGGCAAAAACUUUUUACAUACAUGCAUAGACACUUAAAUAUAUCAAAACCUGAAUUUCCUCUAUAGAUUUGAUAAUGUUAAAUUUGCAUAAGAAAUGAUUAAAUAAACCAGUCGUAAAGGACUUUGUAAGAAAACUUUUGUUAGAUUUGUGUUACACAUGGCAUUAAAUGUUCUGUUGUGGUAACCAUGCAAGAUUAUUGACAUGUAACAUUAACAAUGUAUUAAAAUGUUAAUUCAUGCAUGAAUAGACUGGUUUUGCAAGUCCAUUGAUCUAUUUUGAUAUCAUUGAUUUUAGAUACUAUAUAAAUUCACUACAUUGUACAUGUACAUUCACCACACCAUACUAAAAUCAAUAAACUGUUUGAGAAGUU